AUGGUCAACAAACCUCACGCUCCCAGAAGCAGCAAUAAGUCUGGCAAGAAGACGACGUCGACGGCCGCGACAGCAAACGGCGAAGACACGAGUUACAUAGUCUUCUCCAACGGCAAGGACUCGAAAAAGACAAAGAAGACCGAGCCACCACCUCCCGCCGCGACCAGCACUGCUAAGACCAAGGGAAAGAAUGCUGGCCCCGAACUCGAUGUCGCUGGUGAUCCGGUCAAGAAACCCGACACACGAACCUUGAUCGGCGGGCAAUCCUGGACUGGAAAACUCCCCGUCAACAUGCUCUCCGAGCACUGUCAAAAGCAGAAAUGGGAGAAGCCUGAAUACACAAUGCACCGCUCUUCUGAUCCGCCAGGUCAAAUCUCUGCUGUCAUUCUCAAGUGGAAGAACCCAAAGACUCAGGAGAUGGUCUCAUUACCACCCAUGUCACUUCCACCAGCGAAGCGAUCGCUGGGUGUACAGGAAACCGCUGUAGAAGCUAGACAUUUCGCCGCUACCUAUGCGCUUUACCGAGUCGCCAACGCCAAAAACCUCCAUAUGAUGAUGCCGCCCAACUAUCGCGAUCUAUGGAAAGGGGAGUUUGCGGAUAUGAGGAGGGAAGCGACAAAGGAGGGUAUGGGUUGGCUAUACGCAGCCGAUCCCUUCCAAGCGCGAAAAGAAUGGGAUGACGAAAGAGCUGCCAAAGACAAGAAGAGACAAGAAAGAGAAAAGCAGAUGGAAGCAGAGAAGAAGGACAACAAUACCCCGGGUGUCAACAAGAACCCUGGAAGAGGCUGGACUAGAGCUCCCAAAGUCGAGAUGGGCAAGAAGAUGCGUAGGGAUGUCGAGGCUUUGGUCAGACAGGCUGCUCUUUGGAACCCGCAUGGCGUCACUCUCUCGAAUGCAGAAAAAAAACAUAUCGUUCAGGAUCUAACUAAACUGGGAUUCCGUCCUUCUCACGUUGAGGAAGCAGUGGAAAUUUGUAAAGAUCGAGAAGAGACCAUCGAGUGGCUGCUGAUCCACGUUCCGGAAGAUGACCUGCCUAAGUGGAGUUUGCCCGAGAACUACUCUGCUGGAGUAUCGAUGGCUAGUAGCGAUCUUGCUCGCGAAGGCAAACUGAAACGUCUCGCCAUCACUGGAUACGCUUUGGAGCUCUGCGAAGAGGCGCUAGACGCAUCUUCUGGCGACGAGGCAGGAGCAGCGGAGAGGCUACAGCAUAGACUUCUGGGAAGCCUGGACUCGUCGUCUCUGGAGUCUACGACUGAGGCGUUGAACAUCUCUGACGACACUGAUGUGUGGGAGGAAGAGCAAGUCAUAUUGGCUUCAAUCUACAGCGACAGAUACAAGUCGACCAAGACUUCUUGCCAAAUUGUCUUGGAGGUCACUGAAAAGCCGAAGGAACGCGUCAUACUUCAUGCUCAAAAACCGACUGCUAGGUACCCGAACGUCGUCCCAGUCUUGUCUAUCGAGGCCCCACUACCCGCAUACAUCCGCCUGAGCAUCCUCAAGCAUGCUCUGCUACAGGCUCAAUCUGAUUUUUUGGGCGAGCAGAUGUUGUUCAACAUCAUCGACUGGCUUGAGCAUGAGAUCCCUAACAUAAUUGCCAAUCCUGGCAGGUUGAGCAGUAUUGCUUCGGUUUCGUCUACUUCAGCCGAGCCUGAUGUAGAGGUCGCUAGUCGCAGACGCCAACGGCCCAGACGUAUGCCCAGACCCAUCAACUGGCAGCCUUCAACGCCAGCAAGUCAGAAGAUUCUCGCCGACUGGCAAGCGAGACAAGACACCCCUGCACAACAACGGAUGAUGGCAGCACGACAAUCACUACCUGCGUGGAAGUUGCGAAAUGCUAUUGUCGAAGCCGUCACAUCUUCUCAAGUCACCAUUAUCUCUGGUGAAACUGGUUCCGGAAAGUCUACUCAGUCUGUACAGUUUGUUCUUGAUGACAUGAUCAGGCAAGGACUUGGAGAAGCGGCGAACAUCAUCUGUACCCAGCCUCGCAGAAUCUCGGCUCUAGGUCUGGCAGAUCGUGUCGCUGAUGAGCGUUGUGUUAAGGUUGGUGAAGAGGUCGGUUUCUCGAUCAGGGGUGAGUCGAAACAGAAAGCUGGCACCACUAAGAUCACGUUCGUCACUACCGGUGUGCUGUUGAGACGACUACAGACAUCAGGUGGAAAGCCACAAGAUGUUGUCGAUGCCCUGGCUGAUGUCAGUCAUGUGGUCAUUGAUGAAGUUCACGAACGCAGUCUGGACACUGAUUUCCUCAUGGUGCUCCUGAGAGACGUGCUGCAGGUUCGCAAAGAUCUCAAGUUGAUCCUCAUGUCUGCUACUCUGGACGCACAGAUCUUCAAGAGCUACUUUGCUGGCAAGAUGAGCGUGAGCACAGUUGAGAUUGAAGGCCGAACUCAUCCUGUCCAGGAUGUCUACCUCGACGAUAUCCUUCGCAUGACUGGUUUCGCUGGCGGUAUCACCGAGGAUGGUGACGAAGAGAGUAGCAAGGAGCCUAGUAUGGGUGCAGCUCUGCGAAGUGUUGGCAUGAAGAUCAACUAUGACCUCAUCUCAGACACUGUACAGACCAUCGACGAACAACUAGGCUCUCAAGAAGGCGGUAUUCUUAUCUUCCUUCCUGGUCUUGCCGAGAUCGACCGCACACUCAAGUCAUUACAGCAUCUCCACCAUAUUCACGCCUUGCCUCUACACGCUUCUUUGCAGCCAGCGGAGCAAAAGCGAGUCUUCCCUCCCGCACCCGCCGGCAAACGCAAAGUCAUCUGUGCGACCAACGUCGCGGAGACUUCAAUCACAAUCGAAGAUAUCGUUGCCGUCAUCGAUUCUGGUCGCGUCAAAGAAACCAGCUUCGACGCUGCAAACGGCAUGACUAAACUCGAGGAAGUAUGGGCGUCUAGAGCGGCUUGCAAACAACGUCGUGGUCGUGCCGGUCGUGUACGAGCAGGUACUUGCUACAAGCUGUACACCAAGCAAGCCGAAACCACGAAGAUGGCCGAGCGCCCCGAUCCUGAGAUCUUGCGUGUACCAUUAGAGCAGUUGUGCUUGAGCGUCAAGGCGAUGGGUGUUCUGGAUGUUCCUUCCUUCCUGUCCAGGGCCAUCACGCCUCCCUCUACGCUUGCUGUCAGCGGUGCUCUGACGACAUUACAUCGUAUGGGUGCCCUUGAUGGUGCAGAACUUACAGCUCUGGGACGCCAUCUCAGCUCCAUUCCCGCUGAUCUUCGAUGCGGCAAGUUGCUUGUUUAUGGCGCGGUGUUUGGCUGCUUGGAUGCUUGUCUCACCAUUGCAUCGAUCCUUACCGCACGCUCACCUUUCGUAUCUCCUCCUGCCCGCCGCGAUGAGGCUAAGACUGCUCGAUUGGCAUUUGCACCAGGCGGGCAGGGUGAUCUCCUCUGCGAUCUUCGCGCGUUUGAAUUAUGGACGCAGAAACGCACUGAAGGCAUGCCAUCCUCCUCCCUGCGCCAAUGGUGCGACACGAACUUUUUGUCUACGCAGACACUAUUCGAUAUAAAUACCAACCGCAGACAGUACAUGUCUUCUCUCCAAGAGAUCGGGUUCUUGAACUAUACUUCUGCAUCCUCAGCUACUGCAGACUACAAUGCUAGGAACAGCAAUACUGCUCUCGUUCGCGCAUUGGUGGCUGCAGCUUUCUCUCCUCAAGUCGCGCGUAUAGAGUUCCCGGAUACCAAGUACGCAGCCUCAGUCUCUGGUGCAGUAGCGCUCGACCCAGAAGCAAGAACGAUAAAGUACUUCCGCGAACCCAAUGCUGCUGCCGCACCUACUCUGCCAUCACAAAACGGAAAGACAGCAGCACCGCAACAACAACCAGAACAGGGCAGUUCAAGGCUAUUCAUCCAUCCAAGCAGCGUCCUCUUCUCCUCAGCCCCAGGCCAAAACUUCCCUCCCACCACCGCUUUCAUCUCCUACUUUUCCCUCCUCAGCACUUCCAAGACGUUUAUUCGCGACUUGACUCCCUUUAAUGCAUACACUUUGCUUUUGUUUUCAGGGGAUAUCGCACUGGAUACGCAGAAUAGAGGGUUGGUGGUCGAUGGGUGGAUCAGACUCAAAGGAUGGGCGAGAAUUGGAGUGCUGGUGGGAAGGUUGAGGGGAAUGCUUGAUCAGGUUUUGGAGGGACUUGUGGAGAGGCCUGGGGAACAGCUCAAGGGUAGGGAGAAGGGGUUGGUGGAUUUGGUUGCUAGGUUGGUUGAGUUGGAUGGGUUGGACAGGUAG